GCAACUGAAUUACCGAGCUGAGUUGAUUUCUAAACUGUUAACAACUGUUAGGUAUGGCUUUUUGUCUAUAUUUUAAACACGUGGACGGUUAAACAUUUUGUUUUGCUGAUGAAGAGCGUUGGCUUGCUGUUCAGGCAGCUAAGCUAGUCAUGGGAUUAACGUUAGGCAAUGAGUGUUGGCUAGCUAGCAAGACCAUGGGAGACGUGUUAACGUUAUUUUUGUUGGUCAGCCCUUGAGCACAUCGAAUAAGUUAAUGGUAACGUUAGUCAUCGCUAGAUCGCCAUCGAUACAUCAACUUUCAAUAAGACCUGAUUUAUUUUUUAUGCAUAUACCACAUGUAUCCAAUGCUAGCGCGAAGAUGGUGAAGGAAACAGGGUUUUACGAUAUGUUGGGCGUAAAGCCCAGUGCCACUCCAGAGGAGUUGAAGAAAGCCUAUCGUAAACUGGCCUUGAAAUACCAUCCAGACAAGAACCCAACAGAAGGAGAUAAGUUUAAGCAAAUCUCCCAGGCAUAUGAAGUACUCUCUGACCCCCAAAAGAGGGAGGUUUAUAAUCGUGGAGGUGAACAGGCUAUCAAAGAGGGAGGCAACGGAGGGGGAGGAGGUGGUGGUGUCUUCAGGUCUCCCAUGGACAUCUUUGAUAUGUUCUUUGGUGGAGGGGGCCGAAUGCACAGAGAAAAGAAAGGGAAAAAUAUUGUCCACCAGCUUACAGUGUCUUUGGAGGAGCUAUAUAAUGGAAGCACAAGGAAACUAGCUGUUCAGAAGAAUGUCAUCUGUGAAAGAUGUGAAGGGCGUGGGGGUAGGAAAGGAGCGCUGGAGGUGUGCCCCUCGUGCCGGGGAGCAGGCGUGCAGGUGCGGCUCCAUCAGCUGGGCUUUGGCAUGGUGCAGCAGCUGUCCACCGUGUGUGGCUCCUGUCAGGGCCAAGGUCAGCGCAUGAGUCACCGAGAUCGCUGUAAAACCUGUACAGGACGCAAGAUUCUCCGCCAGAAGAAAAUCUUGGAAGUCCACAUCGAUAAAGGCAUGAAAGAUGGACAGAAGGUUGUGUUUCAUGGAGAAGGUGACCAGGAGCCAGGUUUGGAGCCAGGUGACAUCAUCAUUGUAUUGGACCAGAGGGAACACUCAGUGUUCACCAGAAAAGGAGAGAACCUCAUGAUGACAAUGGAGCUGCAGCUGGUGGAAGCUCUUUGUGGCUUCCAGAAACCUGUCCAGACAUUGGACAACAGGACUCUACUCGUCACCUCCCAUCCAGGAGAAUUGAUCAAGCCAGGUGAUAUAAAGUGUGUCUUGAAUGAGGGAAUGCCUUUGCACCGCCGACCUUUUGAGAAAGGCCGUCUUAUCAUCCACUUCACGGUUGUCUUUCCAGAGGAAAACUUCCUCCCUCCGAACAAGUUGAAGGAGCUUGAGCGCUACCUGCCCAGGAAAGAGGAGCCAGAUGAGCCUAAUGCCAUGGACGACGACCUGUACAUCUACGCUGACCUGGAGGACUGCGACCCGGCCCGGGAGCGCCAGCACCAGAGGCACUACUACUUCGUGGAGGACGACGACGACUUCCCCGCUGGUGGAGGGAUGCAGUGCCAAACCUCCUAAGGUGCCUGGGUCUUCCCAACAUUCACAGCCCCAUGGCACAUCUCCGUAAUGCCCCCUCCAUGAGUGUGAUGGGCAGUGCGACCUGGAGGUUAUGCCAACUCUAUACCCCUACUAUACCCACACAACCCCACCCUCAUAAAAACCAACCCCAUUUCAACAUGCCGAUGCCCUUUGAUGCAGAUGGCUCAGUGUAGCCUGCCAAAUCAAGUCCGAUGUUUUGCUGUGAGGAACUGAACUGAACCAAGACUUAUUUCAUGACACUGGACUGGCAAAGCCCUUCUUGAGUGAGUCGAGUUGUGGUGAAUGAUUACACAUACUGUCACUGUGAUUACGCCCAUCUCUAAGGUUUCUUAAUGAUGAUUUUAAGAUCAUGAAGAGAUAUAGCAGCUUUGUUGUUGCACCAAAUACACAUCAAUGAAGUGUAAAAAAGUAAUUACCCAGUUCUAUUCCAUUUUGAGGAUUGCAUCCUCUCAUCUUCCAUCUCAGUGAUGGGAAUAAUAUCAAGAUAAAUUAACAGACUGAAUGUCACUUGGAUGAAAUAGUUGUGCUUGAACAACUGUCAGCACAACGCAUGUUCAAAAACAAACAGAUUCAGAUUUCAGAUUUGUUUUUUCAGAAACAAUUCAGAUUUGUCAACACCGGUUCAAGUGACCAUCCCAGAAGAAAUACUGUUGGGAAAAGGCAAAGUUGAAGACAGAGCAGUGUUUAUAAGGCUGCUGAUGUUUUUAAUAGCCAAGAUACUUUUUUUACGUCAAAAACCUUGAUGUCAGUGCUCCACUUGCAAUUGUCUUGCAGAAAAGGGCUUGGUGCCUAUAUGUGUUUGUUAAAUGUUCCAUGUCAGUGAAGUUCAAAUCACAGGAGAGUUCUUCAGUCCGACAGUGAUCGUCGUGCAGGCUUUGACAUGUUGCAUUUCUUUGCACAAGGUUUAACAUUUAAAAUGUGAAUUGAUUGAUUUAGUUGAUUUCAUAAAUUGUUUUCACAAAUAAUGCACAACGUGGUCAGUUGCCAAGUAGUUUUCACAAUAGAUGCUGAUCCACUUCUAAUUUCCUAAAUGUCAUAAAAUGAUAUAGGGUGCCACACCUUAUGGACUGCUACUUUCAAUUAAGUGAUUGGUCUGGUCCCCCAUAUUAUGUUUAUUUAAAGACACUGUUCAAAAUUGGUUUGCCAGAUAUUCCAUUUUCGAUUUAUAGGAGCUAAUGUAAUUUGGAUGAUUACCUCAUUUAAUUCGGUGUGCCUGCACUGAAGCCUUAUGGUCUGUGGUUCCAAUAUUGCAAUUCUCAUUGCACCCGUCUUUCAGAUCAAGAAAAUGACAAACUUUUUAAAGUGGCUUCUUACUAAAUGUAUUGACACUUUAAAUGCAGGACUGACUGAUCUUUGUUUUGUUUUUUUAUUCUAAAAGGUGUCUGUGUUGUGUCUAUAUGUACGUGGGUCAGUUCUAUUAGGACCAAUAAGUUAUGCAUUUAAAUGUUUUUAUUUAUAAUUAAAUCAACCUCUGUUCAUA